AUGUUCCUCAAGCUGGCGGUCGUGGUGCAGGUGCUGUCACUGCUGGCGAGCCGGGUGCAUGGCUUCCCGAAACCCGGGGGCAAAGAUAAAGCUAUGCACAACAGACAGUUAAGUGUAGAAAGACCGUUGGAGGAACAGAUUGCUGAAGCUGAGGCAGACAAGAAUAGGAAAAUAGCUUCCACAGAAAAUAAUCCAGAGUUCAGAAAUUAUUCCUUUAUUGAUGACCUGAACCUUCUAAAAUCAGUAGCAGAAAGAGAGAGAGAUGAAAAGGAGAGGGAGUCGAUUAGAAGCUCUUUGUAUGAACAGCAGCUGGCGAUUGAUGAUGCAGACUCCACCAAGAACCGCAGGCUUGUGGAUGACUAUGACUCCACUAAAAGUGGGCUGGAUUAUAAAUUCCAAGAUGAUCCAGAUGGCCUUCAUCAAUUAGACGGCACUCCUUUGACUGCUGAAGACAUUGUUCAAAAAAUCGCUGCAAGAAUUUAUGAGGAAAAUGAUAGAGGAGUAUUUGACAAGAUUGUUUCAAAACUUCUAAAUCUGGGGCUAAUCACAGAGAGUCAGGCUUAUACCCUGGAAGAUGAAGUGGCAGAGGUUUUACAGCAACUAAUUGCAAAUGAAGCAAAGGAACGUGAAAAGGAGUCUGAAGAUUUUGAUUACCCUCCAAGCAGAGCAGACAGUGAUACAAAGGAAAAGCAUCAGGAGAGAAUGUCACCAAGCAAAGCUGAUCAAGAUAGUUUCACUAAUGGAGAAACUGAUGAUACGCUGGAUAAUACGUGGGCAUCAUCUAAUAUCUUGGAAAGAAGAAACGAGCUGCCUUCUGAAGAUAAUUUUGAAGACCUCCAAUAUUUCCCAAACUUUUAUGCACUGUUAAAAAGUCUUAACUCAGAGACGGAGGCAAAAGAGAAAGAGACCUUGAUAACUAUCAUGAAAACCCUGAUUGAUUUUGUGAAGAUGAUGGUUAAAUAUGGAACAAUCACACCAGAAGAAGGAGUUUCCUAUCUGGAAAACUUGGAUACAAUGAUAGCUGAGCAGACAAAGAAGAAGCUUGAGAACCCUUCCACUAAAACCAGGACAAAGCUACCAGCAGACAAGAGUAGCGAAGAAGCAGACAGUACAAAGGAAGAGGCAGCUAAAAUGGAAAAGGAAUAUGAAAUUUCAAAGGAUUCUACAAAAAAUGAAGAACAAAAUGCAGCAGGAAACAGUGAAGACCACAAAGGGAAAGCUGAGGCAUAUUUGGAAGCAAUCAGGAAGAACAUAGAAUGGCUAAAAAAACACAACAAACAAGGUAACAAAGAAGACUAUGAUCUUUCAAAGCUGAGAGAUUUCAUUGAUCAGCAAGCUGAUGCGUACGUGGACAAGGGCAUCCUGGACAAGGAAGAGGCUGAUGUAAUUAAACGCAUAUAUGGCAGCCUGUAA